GAAGAAUGCUACCACCAGGAGACAUGCUGUGAUUCCAUUAAAGUGGAACUGAAGAUGGCUGCUCGGCCACCUUGGGCUCUUCAUGCCUUUGAAUAAACACAUAAAAUUAGAGCCUGAUCCGUCCUCACGACCAUGCAAGAAACACAGGAAGAGCAGGAAGUACCAAGCAGAGCCACGGAGAAGAAGCAAGAGGGGAAGGAGCAAGAAAAACCAGACUCUGAAAGUUUUCAGAGAUUGCCUACAGGAUCUGGAAGAGGUUCAGGACCUGUUCUCUCUUCUGCAAAGCCACCUGUCGAGGCUCUCUGACCAGGGCGGCUUUCACCAGUUCUUACAUCAAGCAGCCCCUGGGCAGGUGCGCCGAGGGGCACCAGCUGGAGCCGGUCAGCCAUGCAGGGAGCCUGUGGAAGACGCUGCUCCCGCUGUGGCCCCAUCACCUGCCCACGCUCCACUGACAGGCCCCCCUUGGCCUCUGGCCUCCACCCUGCCAUCAGGCCCAAUGACGACCUCAAUUUCUCGAGUCCCUGGUGGCCACUGUCAGGGUGACCGAUCCCCCACUGGAGCUCCCAUCUGUCAUAUUCAAUGA